UUCUUGGUUACUCACUUCAUCUUAUGAGAGUGGUGACUCAUGGAGCCAUUGUUAAAUGAGGGAAACAGCUUGGUUCAAAGGUCCUCCAAUGGGGACAUUGGGUACAAAGCUUCUUGGAGAUCUUCAAAGUCCAAGCCAUCUGAUCCAUUUGAGUACAUGAAUGACAAAAUCCUGCCAUGGAUCACCCAUCCAGAUCUUUGGAAGCUUGUUGAAGAGACGCUGGUUAGCUACCCCUUUGGUACACGUCAACAGAGGAAGCUCUUUCCUCACUACCACCCCCAAAACUUGUUGGGGAACAAGUUUCUCCCUCUUCGAGGAGCGCCCCACAGAGGGCCUGGGUGUUACAUAGCAGAAGAUGUAUAUGGAUUGGCAUACAACCUCUCUAAGAUCCCGACCAGUAAAAAAGGAUAUACUUUUGGUGCCAGAACAGCUGAGAGGUUUAAGGUGAUCAACAAGGACACGAUGCUUUACCCAGGCAUGUACCAGGCUGCAAAUCCUCAGGAGCAAAUACACAAACAAAAUUUUGCUCCAUUCAAUGCCUUGUUGCCUCGAUUUAAGACAUACUCAAAGGACAAUUCUUAUCCUGGCCCUGGCACAUACAACCCGGAGAUGAAGCCACCCCCCAAAAUCACUUGGCCAAUGAAAUUUGGAUCUCCAGACUGGGCUCAGGUUCCAUGUCUACAGAAAAGAACCCUAAAAGCUGAGUUGUCCACUGACAAGGACUUCAGAAAGCACCGGAACCGUGUGGCCUACCUAAGCCUGUUUUACAAUUGAGGUGCUGUGACUACCUUCAUGUGCCCCUCCUGACCACAGAUCUAGGACUGAGGACAGGGCUGCUCUUCCCCCCUGCACUGCUGUGCUCGCUUGUCUGCCAGCAUGGGACCGAGGGAGGGAAGGGGCUCCUAACUCCUAUGUAAGAACAGAGAGACUACAUCAGA